AUGCUCCGCUCGGGCGCACAGCGGCUGCGGGGCCUCCGGCUGCAGAGCCUCCCGCUGCGGGGCUCCCCCGGCCGCCCGCGCUUAGCCUGCGGCCGCCAAGGAGAGGAGAACCCACCCUUAUCUGCAGAAACAAGAUGGAAAGACAGAGCAGAAACUGUGAUCAUUGGAGGCGGCUGCGUUGGUGUGAGUCUGGCUUAUCAUCUCGCCAAAGCGGGGAUGAAAGAUGUGGUCCUCCUGGAAAAAUCCGAGCUCACAGCUGGAUCUACCUGGCACGCAGCAGGUUUAACAACUUACUUUCAUCCUGGCAUAAACUUGAAGAAGAUACAUUAUGAUAGCAUCAAACUUUAUGAGAAAUUGGAAGAAGAAACUGGACAGGUGGUGGGAUUCCAUCAGCCAGGUAGUAUCAGAAUUGCCACAACUCCCGUAAGGGUCGAUGAAUUUAAAUAUCAGAUGACUCGGACUGGCUGGCAUGCAACAGAACAGUAUAUUAUUGGGCCUGAAAAAAUUCAAGAGAUGUUCCCUUUACUCAACAUGAAUAAGGUUUUAGCUGGACUGUAUAAUCCUGGAGAUGGUCAUAUUGAUCCUUACUCUCUAACUAUGGCCCUAGCUGCUGGGGCUAGGAAAUAUGGUGCCCUUCUAAAAUAUCCCGCCCCGGUGACUUCUCUGAAACCCAGGUCUGAUGGAACAUGGGAUGUUGAAACGCCACAGGGAUCUAUGAGAGCGAAUAGAGUUGUGAAUGCUGCAGGAUUUUGGGCUCGUGAAGUAGGUAAGAUGGUGGGACUAGAACAUCCUCUCAUUCCGGUCCAGCAUCAAUAUGUUGUUACAUCGACCAUACCAGAAGUGAAAGCUUUGAAACGAGAACUGCCGGUGCUCCGUGACCUGGAAGGCUCCUAUUAUCUCCGACAGGAAAGGGAUGGGCUUCUGUUUGGUCCAUACGAGAGUCAGGAGAAAAUGAAAGUGCAGGAUGCGUGGGUCACCAAUGGAGUCCCUCCAGGGUUUGGAAAGGAGCUCUUUGAGUCUGAUCUUGACCGAAUCAUGGAACACGUUGAAGCUGCCAUGGAAAUGGUUCCAGUCUUGAAAAAGGCUGACAUCAUCAAUAUCGUCAAUGGCCCUAUCACCUAUUCUCCUGACAUUCUGCCUAUGGUGGGGCCCCAUCAGGGGCUCAGAAACUACUGGGUGGCUAUAGGCUUUGGAUAUGGCAUAAUCCAUGCUGGCGGGGUGGGGAAGUAUCUCAGUGACUGGAUCCUGCAUGGAGAACCGCCGUUUGAUCUGAUAGAAUUGGAUCCUAAUCGCUAUGGCAAAUGGACGACAACUCAGUACACUGAGGCCAAAGCAAGAGAGUCAUAUGGAUUCAACAAUAUUGUUGGUUAUCCUAAAGAAGAACGAUUUGCUGGGAGGCCAACUCAUCGAGUCAACGGGCUUUAUAAAACCCUGGAGUCUAAGUGUUCCAUGGGUUUCCAUGCAGGCUGGGAGCAGCCACAUUGGUUCUACAGACCGGGUCAGGACACUCAGUACAGGCCCAGUUUUCGUCGCACAAACUGGUUUGAGCCUGUGGGAUUUGAGUAUAAACAGGUUAUGCAAAAAGUAGGGGUUAUUGACCUGUCACCAUUUGGCAAGUUUAACAUCAAAGGCCAAGAUUCUGUUCGAUUGUUGGACCAUCUCUUUGCAAAUGUCAUCCCAAAGGUGGGUUUUACGAAUAUAAGUCACAUGUUGACACCAAAAGGUCGAGUAUAUGCUGAGUUGACUGUUUCUCACCAAACUCCUGGGGAGUUUUUACUAAUAACUGGUUCUGGAUCUGAACUUCAUGAUCUUCGAUGGAUUGAAGAAGAGGCUGUCAACGGUGGAUAUGAUGUUGAAAUUAAAAACAUAACCGAUGAGCUUGGGGUCCUUGGUGUUGCAGGGCCCCAUGCAAGAAAGGUUCUUCAGAAACUGACCGCUGAGGAUCUUAGUGACGAUGUUUUCAAGUUUCUUCAAACCAAGUCUUUAAAGGUUUCAAACAUUCCUGUCACUGCUAUUAGGAUAUCUUAUACUGGUGAGCUGGGUUGGGAGCUGUACCACAGACGAGAAGACUCUGCAGCCCUUUAUGACGUUAUCAUGAACGCAGGCCAGGAGGAGGGAAUCGAUAACUUCGGAACAUACGCCAUGAAUGUCUUAAGACUGGAGAAGGCUUUCAGAGCCUGGGGGUCAGAGAUGAACUGUGAUACAAAUCCCUUGGAAGCUGGACUGGAAUAUUUUAUAAAGUUAAACAAGCCAGCAGACUUCAUAGGAAAGCAAGCACUGAAACAGAUUAAAGCCAAGGGGCUGAAACGGAGACUGGUCUGCCUCACCUUGGCAACGGACGAUGUUGAUCCGGAGGGAAAUGAAAGCAUCUGGUAUGAUGGCAAGGUGGUUGGCAACACGACAUCUGGAAGCUACAGUUACAGCAUCCAGAAGAGUCUGGCAUUUGCCUAUGUCCCUGUAGAGCUAAGUAAAGUAGGACAACAGGUGGAAGUUGAACUGUUGGGCAAAAAUUACCCAGCAAGUGUCAUACAGGAACCCUUGGUAUUGACAGAACCAACCAGAAACCGGCUUCAGAAGAAAGGUGGAAAGGACAAAAUUUGAAAAAGACCUUUGGCAGGCAACUGAAUUAUGUUAGCUCUAUGACUAUGCCAAACAUCAUAACUGAUUGUUGGGGGAAUACAAGAAACCAAGAAUUCAUUUCAAAAUCUUCAAAAUCUAGAUUUAUGAUCUCAAUAAAAUCUUUCUCAAUUUUUUCCUCAGCAAGAGAGAAUAAUGGAUUAGUGAUUUAUGUUGUUCUUUCAAAUGAAAACAUUUGAAAUGAGUGUUUUUUCAUUAACCUAUGCUGUUUGUAAAACUCAACAAAACAUUUAAGUGUCCGCUAAUAUACAAUCACUCUUACAAUUGAAUUAGAGGAUGUUGUAUAAUUUUGGGAAUAUAUGCUCAUGGUUCUUGUACCUGAAAACAAAUUGUUUUACGUAAAAGCAAAAGCGGUACUCUGGAUGGAUUUGUUUCAUUGGGAAACAGUGGUUGAACAAGGGAUAGUUUUAAUUUUUUAUUGUACAUCUACAAUGAAAAUAGUAAAAUUUAAUAUUGAUACAUA